AUGGCCUCCUCCCGUGUCUUCGCCCAGCGCCUGGCCUCCACCAUGGCUGCUUCCACCAAGGUCGCUCGCCCUGCCGCUCGCCUCCAGCUUGCCCCCAAGCGUACCUUCACCACCCAGCGCAAGGCCGUCCCCAUGACCCCCUUCCAGACCGUCAAGCGUCAGUCUCCCUCCGGCCUCAUCCAGGCCAACGCUCGCCAGGCUUUCGCUGCCCAGCAGGCCCGCCGCCAGUACUCCUCUGAAAUCGCCGACGCCAUGGUCCAGGUCUCCCAGAACCUGGGUAUGGGUUCCGCUGCCAUCGGUCUCGGUGGUGCCGGUAUCGGUAUCGGUCUCGUCUUCGGUGCCCUCCUCCUCUCCGUCUCCCGCAACCCUGCCCUCCGUGGUCAGCUCUUCUCCUACGCCAUUCUUGGUUUCGCCUUCGUCGAGGCCAUUGGUCUGUUCGACCUGAUGGUUGCCAUGAUGUGCAAGUACGUUUAA